GUUAAUGUUGUAUGAUGAGGAUGGUAUAAGAACCUAGGGAUCGGUCGCCCAACAGAUCCCGAUCCCGCUAGACUUGUCUGUCCGUUCUUCAACGCAUCUUAUAUUAUUCUCUUUGCCCAUACCUGGGUUUACGACGAUACACAAACACAACGGUAUGAAGUUGGACUUUGUCGGUCGAGGGCGGAGCAUGUCCGCUCCGCCUGCUUUCACUCUCGGACAGAAACAAACGAUGAUGGGAUACAUAGACCCAGCACCGUUAAUCAGCGCAGAGACGUACAACCUCCCCCUUAUCACUGGCCGGCCCUCUGGCGCCUCUGCCCGCUACUCUAGACCAGCAUCAGCAUCCUCCCGCAGGUCCAGGCGGGCCUCGCUAGCGUCCACAGUCUCAGCGUCGGUGUACUCUCAGCAAAGCGCGCCUCGCUCGCCCUUGUCCUCAUCCUUUCUGGACGGGCCGAGCACGCCCGGUACGCCCGAUACACCCAUGUCGAUGAUGUGCCCUGCUUCGGCCUACGCUGGGAGCCGGAGAUCCUCUCUCGGCGCACCGUGGUCCUCUUAUAGCGAGGGGAACGCCCUGCACACCACUACGAGUCGGAUCUCCGAAGUGUCGGCGUCCACUCUCCCCACUGUCGCCGAGUGUCCGACAUGUCGUUCCCUUGCCCAGCAAACGCCGCAUGACGGACCAGAAGACGAGGGACCCACCGGGCCCGGCCGACUAGGGCUGCGCAAGCUCGCAUCCCUUAUCUUUCCCAACAAGGGCGAGCGGGAACCGGUAUACAUCGACCAAGCGCACUGGUCGUUCUACUUCCCCGGGGUGCCGCACGAGGGAGGCUGUGGCUGCCGCGGGUGCGUGAAACGGGACCCUUCGAGGGAGGAAGGGGAGGAAAAACGCCGGGACAGGGUGAGGGAGUAUGAGCAGCUUCGGCCUUGGCGCUGGGGGUGGAGGAAGGUGAGGUGGAUCACUUGGACACGGGAGAGAAGGGCGCUCGUGCGCGCUAGAGGAGAGGCGAGCAUCUUGGGCCGGGUCAAGGUCAGUCGGGUGUAUGAAGUCGAGUGGUGAGCUCUUUGUUGGUAGGGACUGACGGAUGAAUAGCGCUGGGCGCGUGUAGCCGUAUGUUCCUCACAUCGUUCUUCAGCAUUUCUGUUUCGCUCGUUGCAUUCCUCUCGCAUUGUGUAUUCGCAUCUCGCAUUCGCAUUCGUAUACCGCCAGUACGCUUUCAUUCAUCGUAGACCAACUCUUGUUUCCAUAGUCUUCACAGCCUUCAUAUCUUUCAUAGCCAACAUUCACACCAG